GGAGCAGAGAAGGAAAAAAAAAAAUCCUAACGAAACUGCCAGUACGCGCCACCUUCUCAAAGUAGGACUGGGCUGUAAAGGAUUAAGCAAAUCAUCCCAAAGAACGGCAAUGGGUAGCGACAGCUCAAAAGUAAUCGUAAGAACUAAUCUUGAAAACCUGAAGGAUGCAAUGAAGCAGGGAAAUCUUCCAGACCUUGCAUCUCAAAUUCACCAAGAACUGGAUUUGCUAGAAGGCACCACCGUUGACGUUGCUGUCACAGGGGUAUCGGGAGCUGGUAAAUCGUCUUUCGUGAACGCUGUGCGUGGCAUGGCAGACUCUGAAGAGGGCGCAGCUGCCACUGGGGUGAAACAAACAACCAUGGAGCCAAAGGCAUAUCAGCAUCCCACAUUCCCAAAUGUAACAGUGUGGGAUCUACCAGGAAUUGGGACACACGAAUUUAAAGCCAACGAAUACCUGAAAAAGAUUAAUUUCGGCAGGUACGAUUUCUUCAUCAUUGUCGCUGCAGAACGCUUCUUUGAGAAUGAUGAAAUGCUGGCCCGUGAAAUUCAGCGGCUAAAGAAGCAUUUUUAUUUUGUGCGCACCAAAGUGGAUAGCAGCCUAGAGGCGGAAAGAAGGAAACCAGACUUCAGUGAGGAAAAGACCCUUCAAGAGAUACGGGAAUACUGCUGUGAGAAUUUGACCAAAGCAGGAGAAUCUGCUCCAAGGAUUUUUCUCAUCUCCAGUUGGCACCUGGAUAAGUAUGAUUUCCCUGUCCUGCAAGUGACCUUGCUGAAUGAUCUGAAUGAAAUGAAGAGACAUGCUUUAAUCCUGGCUCUGCCAUCAUUCUCGAAAGAAAUCCUGCAAAAGAAAAAGGCUGCCAUGGAGGACAUCAUAUGGCGACAAGCUAUUGUGUCCGCUUGUGUUGAAGCUUUUCCUGUGCCACACACACCUUUGUUAUGUAAUUUUCUUAUCGUGAUAAAAACGCUAAGGCACUUCUACAAGGUUUUUGGCUUGGAUGAUGAUUCCCUCCAUCGGCUUGCAAAGUGGGUUGGCAAACCUGUUGAAGUAUUGAGAUCUGCUAUCCAGAAGUCCCCAGUGCCCAGUGAGAUCACUGAAGAAUUUACAAUCAGCCUUUUGUGCGAGUUUCUGGCUUUGCAUAUGACAGUAGAUGCAGUGAUUUCAUAUUUGGAACCAAGCAUGGUCGAUCUCCCUGAUGGAGGACAAUGUUUUAAAACCCUGUUCUUUCUGCUGAAGUUCUUCCUGAAUGAUAUUGUGGAAGAUGCUGGGAACGUCUGGGCAAAAGCUGCAGAGCAUUAAGAGUCCCAGGUAAAAGACAAAUACAACAAUCUGGAAACACAUCAAAGUGCAUGAAUGAUUGUCAGCUAGCUGCCAUAGAAGGCUGGGAGGCAGUUGUCCCCCCUCUUCUCCCCUGGCAU